UUUUUUAACUAAAUUUAUUAAUUUCAAGAAGGGCGCGAAAGUUGAGUGAAUACUGAAUACAGUGAUAUGAGAGGCGCGAAAACCCUAAAUCCUCUCUCCUGUUCUCAGCGCCUCCUUCUCUGACGGAAUGAUGCAUUGGACGGAUCAAUGGCGGCGUGAAUUUGAUUCACAAACAUUUAUUUAAGUGCUGGGCGAGGAUAUGAUCUGUGGCACGUGUACCACAGCUUCUAAAUCACUAAGUUUCAAAGCACUAUUGUUGCAGAAAUCAUUCAAUUUUCGGGUUCAGUUCUUCUCCAAUUGUUCUCCUAAGAAGCUAAGAAUGGAUAGUAAUCUUAAUUGUAGCAUUGAGGGCAACAAAAAGGUGUGUAGAGGUGCAUUGGUUGUCCUAGAAGGCUUGGAUCGUUCUGGGAAGUCCUCUCAAUGUAGCAGACUAGCCAAUUAUUUGGAGGGUCAAGGAAUUUCUGCUGAAUUAUGGAGAUUUCCUGACAGAAACACUGAUGUUGGGAAAAUGAUAUCUGCCUAUCUUACUAACACUUCACAGUUGGAUGAUCAUACUAUUCAUCUCCUCUUUAGUGCCAAUCGUUGGGAGAAGAGGUCACUGAUGGAAACCAAACUCAAAUCUGGAACAACCCUCAUUGUUGACCGCUAUUCAUAUUCUGGUGUGGCUUUCUCCUCUGCCAAGGGACUUGAUAUUGAGUGGUGUAAGGCUCCAGAGGUUGGGCUGCUUGCUCCGGAUUUGGUAGCUUACCUUGAUAUUCCACCGGAGAAAGCCGCAGAAAGAGGAGGGUAUGGAGGUGAGAGAUAUGAAAAGUUGGAGUUUCAGAAGAAAGUUGCUGAAAGUUACAAAGCUCUUCAUGAUGUCUCCUGGAAGUCUGUAGAUGCUUGCCAACCCAUUGAAGAUGUGGAGAAACAGUUACAGGAGAUAGUAUUUGAUUGUGUCACAGAGUGUCAGAAGGGGAAGAAGCCGCUCUCCCUCUUGUGGUCAAAGUAGACCUAUUAUACUCUUGAAAGGGAUAUAGACAAAUAUGUGAGGAUCAAUCAUGAACCUUAUAAUAUUCGGUUGUGUUUGUUUCAUUCUUAUUUCCUAUGUAUCAUUAGUUAGACAUUUGUUUUCUAUAUAUAUAAUGGCAAAUAGGCUUUUUGUAAUCUUGGUGAGAGCACUGUAUAAUUAAAUUUCACUGAAGUUAACCUUUAUAGUUUUCUUUUUUUGGUCAGAAACCUUUAUAGUUUAUACACUACAAUAGAGUUUCUUGGCUAUGGUAUUGAAGUUCAUAUCCACCAA